ACAGGCCGAAGUACGCAUGCGCGGACAUCUACACAGCAGGUAAACUCCACCAUGGCGGCGAGAGGCCAUGUGCAAGACCCCAACGACAGGAGACUCAGACCUAUUUAUGAUUACCUUGAUAAUGGCAACAAUAAGAUGGCAAUACAGCAGGCAGAUAAACUGCUGAAGAAACAUAAGGAUCUGCACUGUGCCAAGGUCUUGAAGGCUAUUGGCCUUCAGAGGACGGGAAAGCAGGACGAAGCCUUCGCUUUGGCUCAGGAGGUGACCACCCUGGAGCCCACUGAUGACAACUCACUUCAAGCCCUGACCAUCCUGUACAGGGAGAUGCAUCGUCCGGAGCUGGUGACUAAGCUGUACGAGGCGGCAGUGAAGAAGGUCCCUCUCAGCGAGGAGUAUCACUCUCACCUCUUCAUGGCCUACGCUCGCGUGGGAGAGUACAAGAAGAUGCAGCAGGCAGGAAUGGCCUUGUAUAAAAUUGUCCCCAAGAAUCCAUAUUACUUCUGGUCUGUCAUGAGUCUGGUGAUGCAGGCAAUCUCGGCAAAGGAUGAGAAACUGUCCCAAACCAUGUUCCUGCCUCUGGCUGAGCGCAUGGUGGAGAAAAUGGUGAAGGAGGAGAAGAUCGAAGCAGAAGCAGAGGUGCAGCUUUAUUAUAUGAUCCUGGAGCGUCUGGGCAAGUGUGAAGAAGCCCUCGAAGUGAUCAGGGGUCCACUAGGAGAGAAGCUGACCAGUGAGCUGCAGAGCAGGGAGAGGAAGUGCAUGGCGCUCUACCGGCGACUAGAACGCUGGCCGGAGUGCAACGCCCUCGCCCAAAAGCUGCUGCUGAAAAAUCCUGAUGAUUGGCAGUUCUAUCCCUCCUACUUUGAUUCCCUGUUCCAGCUGAUGGAUCAGUCGUGGAGCCCGCCGGAGGAAGGCGAUCACUGCUCCGAGGGCUCGGUCCAUCACACCGUGGCAGAGGUGGUGAGGUUUGUGGAGGAGAGAAUCAAGGUAGAAGACGGAAAGGACUCUCGUUCUCUCAGAGGGCCUUAUUUAGCUCGGAUGGAACUGAUGCACAGACUCAGAGAGCGAGGCUACCCUGAAGAGAACCUGCCAGGCGAGCCGUUAGCCCUGAUGGUGGAGUUCUUCAGGAAGUUCGGGGACAAGCCGUGCUGCAUCACAGACUUGAAAAUUUACCUUCAUCUGCUGAGCCCUGAGCAACACGUUCAGUUUAUCAACCAGCUGAGUGAGGCGGUUCCGCUGGGGGAGCAGGGAGAGGAAGGCUUCGCUUUCCCAGACGACACCAAAUCCCUGCAGAGGCAUUUGUGCGUCUGUCAGCUGAGUCGAGCCCUCGGGCUGCAUCACUCUCUGGACGUCAGCGGGAAGCUGCGGCUCAUCGGCGAGCUGAAGGCUCACUAUCGCCACGGGCUCAAGUUUGGCAGCAGCGCCCUGAAGACGGAGCUGCAGUUCUCUGAUACGUACUGUCUCAUGGCAGCUCAUGUCUACAUAGACCUGUGGACAGAUACAGGGGAUGUGGACAUGGUAUGGCAGAGUUUAGGGCUCCUGGAGGAGGGUCUGUCUCACAGCCCCUCCAACGCCCAGUUCAAGCUGCUGCUGCUGCUCCUCUACUGUCGCCUGGGAGCCUUUGAGCCUGUGGUGGACCUGUAUUCCAGCCUGGACGCCAAGCACAUACAGCACGACACCAUCGGCUUUCUCUUAACGCGUUACGCUGAGUCGCUGGGUCAGUUCGCUGCAGCUUCCCAGUCCUGCAACUUCUCGCUCAGGUUUUUCCACUCCAACCAGAAAGAUACCUCAGAGUACAUCAUCCAGGCGUACAAGUACGGCGCGUUUGAAAAAAUCCCAGAGUUCAUUGCUCUCAGGAACAGAUUGAACCAGUCGCUGCACUUUGCCCAGGUCCGGACUGAAAGGAUGCUGCUCGACUUGUUCCUUGAGGCCGAUAUCAUCUUGAGUCUAGAGGAAAGUGUUAAGGCCAUGUCUUUGUCUUCAGAGGAAGACGAUAUCCCCUGGGAUAGUUUAAGAGACAACAGAGACCUUACUGUUUUCACAAACUGGGACCCUAAACAAAGGCAGUUGACUGAUGAACACCGGACUCGGUCUCUAGAGGAGGAGUCCGUGUGGCUGCGGAUACGCUCUCUGACGUUGCGCUUGCUCGCCUCACUCACCGCAUCAGGGCACACUCCUUCACAGCAAAACUCUGAGAUAUCCAACGAGAACGGAGUGGGAGACAAAAGCUCGCUCCUCCACAGCCUGCUCUCUCAGCUCAACCAGACGCUGCAGACAGCAGCGCGGAUCGCAGAAAAACAAACACAGUACCCCCUCCUGGGCCCCCCCGCCACCCGGCUGGCCUCGGCGCUGUCCAUAGGCAGCUGUCAGUGUCAGGCUGCAGCCCUGCAGCUCUCUGUCCACCUGCAGGAGCUGGAGUCGGCCGGACUCGAUGAGUCGUCGGAGCUUCAAACUCAGAUCUGUAACGUUUUUAAGUCAUUAGUAGUUCAGCUUCAAGAAAUGCUUAAUAAAUGCAAAGGGGACUUAAUGGAAAUGAAAGAGAGCAAAUUAAAAACCCAACCCUCCUUAUUAGAAAAUCUGGUUUUCUUUGUUGAGACAGUCAGCAUAGUGAUGUGGACCGCUAGCUACUGUGCCAAGAUCCUGCGACCGCUCAAGACCAGUUUACAGAAGAAGAAGAAGAAGAAAAAGGACGCCAAUGCGGCCCUGCCGCUGGUGGUGUGUGGAUUUCAGGAGCUGACUGGGAGCUUGCAGGAUCUCCUAACCCAGGCAGUGGAGCACAUAAGGGGGCAAGAGUCCGGCAUUCUGGCCCUAAAGCUGUCCAGUUUAUCCAUGGAAGGAAUCUCCCAGGAGGAGGCGUCGUUUACGAAGGCUGCUAUGGACAAGGUGCAGGGCAGUUACCUGCGCUCGCUACAGGAGGUGGGAGAUCUACUGAAAAAGAGAGCUGAAACUAUAAAGAACCUUAAAAUCUGAGCAUUUUACACCCAGGACUGAAGAGGACUGUAUGCCCCCCCCAUCACACCCACCGUCUGGUGUCCGCCCACCAGCUACCCUGCGAGUCACACACCAACCUCGUCCCACUGUCCGUUUCUGACCUCUUCACUACUCUGAGCUGUUGUGAGCUCUGUGUGGAUCUCCUUUUUCCUCCUGCUACACGUCACCACAAGCCUCCGAACACUUGCAACUCUAAUAGCACAUAAGCCUGUAAGUAAACUCAUGAACUGAUGCAGCAUCUGCAAAUGAAAACGAGACAAAGGCUGCACUCUCCUAAUGAAUUAUCUGCCAUCAGAAAGUCGGACAUGCCGUGUUAGAAUCUAAUAAAUUAUUGUACAUAAUAUAAAGCAGAACUCCUUGACUUUAAGCAGAGUAUAAGACACAGUCAACCACUAUCCUGUUCGUCGGUAAGUUUCCCGUUUGCUGGUGACGUCGCGGACAAUCGGCAGUGAGGCGCACAACUUCAGCUGUGAGGAGGAAGGAUCUGUCGGCGCGCUGCACCCCCCACCCCCCCCCCCCCACCCACCCUCACCCCCGGCUGCUUCCGGAGCGCACGGAGACGAGGUUCCUGGUCAAUUCAGGCUUUUUGGAGACGUGAACACAUGGCAGCCAGCAGGGAGCCUCUCAUUUCAGCAUAGUUUUCUUUUGUUUUGGUUGGCCUCCUGUUUGUCGCGUGUUGCUUUAACCCACCCUGUAGUUACAGUAUUACAAAGAGAUGAGAUUUUGCUGGUUUUUGUUUUUAAUAAAUGUAUGUUCACCUUUUUUGUUUUCUUUUUAAAGAAGUGGUGCUUGUGAACAAGUCUGUCAUGAAAUCCAGACCCGGUUUAAGACUCGACUGAUUCUCAUUAUUUAAACGGUCGUCUGAAAGCGAUGAUCUCAACAUGAAUGUUUACCACAAACACGCGCUGCAGGCUGGGGAGAUGAUUGCGUCUUUAUGCAACCGACGGAUACCAUUGUAUGUAGUGGCAAACAUAGAAAUGCCCAUUUUUUUCUUUUCUUUUUUUUUUUCCUUUUUUUUUUCCUUUUCUAUGCCAGACGCUUGUGUGCUCUGCAGGUCCUUCUGCUCUGGGACGGGUCUUGAACCAACGGAACAUUGGACCUAAGUGUAAAUAAAACCUGGGGAAACCUUUUUCAAAAUACAGUGUGAAAGGACUUUAAGUGUGUUUUUUAAGCAGCUGCAGUAGAAAGUGAUCAUUUGUCUGAUAUUUGGGGCCCUUCCUGCUUUAGCGACCCAUUUGUUUUACUUGAAAAGAAAAAAGUGAACCAAAUUUAAUCUUCUCAUAUAAUUUUUUUUAAACUGCCUCCCUUGAGGAGCACUGACUGUUGACACCCCACCUAGGAAUCUGGUGUAGAAGGUUAAGCCGAUAAUAAACAGCGCCCCCUAUGUCGUCCUUUUGAGUCCUGCUUUCCAAUUUCUUUUGUGUUCAAUAAUGAAAUCUUUGUGUUUUUGCUUUUAAAGUCCAGCCCUUAUUUUUGUGUGUGAUUAGUUUUUUUUGGCUGUACGGAAGAGGUCCGCGAUCUUACACGUUUCCACAAUAAGGGUUGACAAUCUGGAGUGUUGUCUCAUCGCCCCCUUUUGUUAGAAAAUGGAAAACACAAACACUGGAAUGUCGAUGCUUUUUUUUUAAAUAAAUAAAAAAGGUAACUGUGAC